AUUGGCCGUUCGUUGUAAUAUCCCACAAUUCUUUUAGCGUGUACUUCCUUUUCCCUUUCGUCCAUUUUCUCACUGGACGGGAAGUAGCUAAUCAUGGCCCCUAGUAGGAAUGGAAUGCUCUUGAACCCUCACUUCCAUAAAGAUUGGCAGAAGAGGGUACGCACCUGGUUCAACCAGCCUGCCAGGAAGCUCCGCAGACGAAAGGCCCGCCAAGCCAAAGCACGCCGCAUUGCACCACGUCCGGUAGCUGGUCCCCUGCGGCCCGCAGUCAGGUGUCCCACCAUCAGGUACCACACCAAGGUCCGCGCUGGACGGGGAUUCACCCUGGAGGAGCUGAAGGCUGCUGGCAUCCAUAAGAAAGUGGCUCGCACCAUUGGCAUCUCUGUGGACCCCCGUCGGCGCAACAGAUCCACAGAGUCCCUGCAGGCCAACGUGCAGCGGCUGAAGGAGUACCGCUCCAAGCUCAUCCUCUUCCCCCGGAAGGCCACCGCCCCCAGGAAGGGAGACAGCUCUGCUGAGGAACUCAAGAUGGCCACACAGUUGCCAGGCCCUAUCAUGCCCAUCAGAAAUGUCCAUAAGAAGGAGAAGGCCCGCGUGAUCUCUGAGGACGAGAAGAACUUCAAAGCAUUUGCCAGCCUGCGCAUGGCCCGCGCCAACGCCCGCCUCUUCGGCAUCCGCGCCAAGAGAGCCAAGGAGGCCGCAGAACAGGAUGUGGAGAAGAAGAAAUAAACCUUUCUAUGGAACUUUGCAAAAUAAAAACAAACCACGAAAAACAA